GGUUUCUCACAGGACUGGGUUCAGAUGUAUACUGAAGUUCAGUUUUGCUUGCUGCUGAAGUGAAGCCGUCUGUAUAGGCCUUCAUUACAAGAGCCAUGAAGAUUGCUUCAUUCAACGCUCAGAGGUUUGGAGUGACCAAAGUCUCUGACCCAGAAGUCCUGUCAACGCUUAUUAAGAUCGUGUCUCGAUAUGACAUCAUAGUCAUUCUGGAGGUGGUGGACGUGAGCGGGGCCUCCAUCAAACUGCUCCUGACAGAACUCAACAGGGUGAACACGUCCCACCACUAUGCCCUGCAGCUGAGUACCCGCCUGGGAAGGAGCAGAUACAAGGAGCAGUUUAUGUUUCUUUACAGGGAUGAUGUGGUGGAUCUGAUUGACUCCUAUCAAUAUGAAGACAAUCAGGUGAACGACGUGGAUGUGUUUGCGAGGGAGCCUUACAUUCUCUACUUCAAACCCCGCAACACGGUGCUGAAGGAUCUGGUGCUGAUCCCGGUUCGUGCCACACCGAACGACUCGGAGAAAGAACUGGACGAGCUGUACGAGGUCUUCCUGGCGGUCAGAGACAAAUGGAAAACAGAUAACGUGAUGAUCCUGGGGGACUUCAGAGCAGAUGGUGCGAAUCUCACUGCAAAAAAAAUGAAAAAGAUACGAAUUCGCAGCGACACGAAUUUCCACUGGCUGAUUGCUGAUGAUGUGGACACAACUGCAGCGACAACAAAUAACCACACCUACGACAGGAUCGUUGUGUAUGGAGACGACCUGCUGGCAACCAUAGUACCAAACUCUGCGAAGGCCUUCAAUUUCCAGAAAGAGUUUAAUUUGAAUGAAACGAUGGCCCUCAAAGUCAGUGAUCAUUACCCUGUUGAGGUCGAGUUAAUCAGCGCGUCUCCUUUCUGGGUGGCAAGACGUGGGAGAUCUAAGAAGAGACAAACAUCAGUUCCCAGCAGAGCUGCAACGGAGCGUUUGCAGGAUGAAGUGGUGAGCCUGCAGAGAGAAACCCUGCUGCUCAAGCGGGAAAAACUGCAGCUUCAGAUCUCCCAUUUGAAAAGGAAGCUUGACCCAGCCGAAUGAAAGAAGUGACCAGAAGAUUCUAGACAUCAGUGGUCCUUUUUCUUUUAUUCUGAUGUCAAAUUGAUAUUUCCAUUUAAUUUAGUAUGUAGCUAAAAUGUAUUUAUCCAAGUUAUUAUUAUUAUUUUUUUUUUUUUUUUGCUGAUAAUUUGUAAAUGGGCAUUUCAUUCUGUUCAACUUCUGUUUUUAUUCAAAUGAUUUUCCUUUCUUGUUCUGCACCUUGUCAAUGCUUGCUGUUGUUUCAGUGCCUCAUAAGGAAAGCUGCCCCGGCUCUGCAAUGGUUCUUUCCGGGGUACUUUUGUAAUAAAGGAAAUCAUAUGGCUUUUUCAUUCACAUUCACUACUAAUUAUUACUACCUCUGACAUAUUUAGAUUUAAAGUUUAUUUUAUUAAACCAAAAUGUUGCUACCUGAAAGAUAGAAAUAUGUACAAAUGGGUAACAUGGUUUUCAUGUACAUUUGAACAAAAAAAAAUGCUGUGUUCAAAAUGAUUUAUACCCUUAUCAAUAGUCUAUAGAAAAGCCUUUAUUAGCCAUUGUAGCAACCAAACAUUUCUCAUAAUUACUGAUUGCCUUUAUGUAUGUCUCAACUGGUUUGUUUACCUUAUUUUAUUUGCUGAUUAGCUUCAAGUUUUUGUGGUAGGAAGGCCUCCUUGCCGUCAGCCUUAUCUUGAGCUUAGUCCUCUCUAUCAGAUUCAAGUCGGUACUCUGGCUGGGCCACUCCAAAAGGUUAAUAGAUUUGUCAACAAACCAUUUCCUCACCCAUUCAACCAUAUAUUUUGGUUAAUUUUCAUGCUGAAAUGUCUAAUUUCAUUAAAUAUUGGGUUUCUGUGAAGACUGUGUGAUGUUGUUGGGAAUCUUAAUGUAGUCUUCCUUUUCCAUGGAUGCCAUUUUAGCUUGCUUGUCCCAUUGGCUAAAAAAACAGCCCUAUUCUGACCAGCAUACUUGACUUUGGGAAUCUUGUUCUUGGGGCUGAAGGCUUUCCAUUUUUCUCUGCCUAGUGAGGGCUACAUCAUUAGGGAAAAAAUACAGUCUGCAUUGGCUUUUGUGUCCCUUAUUCAGGGAAGUGGUUUCCUUCUUGGUCUGCAUUCAUAGAAUCCUUCAGUCUUCAGUGUCCGUUGGACUGUCUGUCUUGAGAUGUUGCCGCUGGCAUGACCCACAUUCAUCGUGGUAGCCUUGGAUGCGAUCCUUGGAUUAUUUUCCAUCUCCUGUACCAUCCACCUUGCCAGUGCCAUUUGUCACAUAUCUACGGUGUGGAACUUUUCAAAGUAAUUUGUUUGCUGGCCCCUGGAUAUUUAGAAAUGGUCAUUUUUCUGAGUUGUGCAAUGAUACAGGUGCUCCAUGAGCACCCUUGUUUUUUUAUUUUUUUAUUAAUUUUUUUACAUGACUUACCAUAAACUGGCUGCAGAGAGCUGCUGUUUUUACCUCCAGAGUU